AUGAUUUUCCGACAGCUUUUCCUGUCACUUGCGGCGCUGCAAUGUGCUAGUGCCUUUGUCACAAAUAACUGCUACAAAUUCGAAACUAGAACGCUAUCGGCUUCCACAGCAGAUGUUGGAGUCCAGAGUACAACCCAAGGGGAUGCGCCCUUUGACGUUGAUUUCGAAGCUUAUUCGAAGGGAUACAAGACCGUCUUCACUGAGGUGCCUGCUGCCGAGUGCACCGCUCUGCCUGGAGGAAAGAUACCUAGCGAUUUGAAAGGAACCUACUACCGUGCUGGACCUGCCAUGUUUAGUGCCGGAUCCAUUGCUCCUCCCAAAACCUCGAUUAUCCAACCGCGAGAUGGACCACCAAUUCCCGAUGGACAAAACCCAAAGAGAAUGGUUCAACAUCCAUUCGAUGCUGAUGGCGGUGUACUCGGAGUUACAUUCCAGGGCAAUGGGGAAACAGCGACGGCUCGAUACCGAUACGUUCGAACCGUUGCAUUCACCAACGAACGACGAAAGGGCCAACGGCUUUACAAGGCUAUGGAUUCCACCAGAGAACUGGGUCCAAAUAUCGGGGAAGGUAUCGGAAAUGACUUGCACACUCCACUGUUUCGGCAUCACCUCUUGCCAGGUCUGAACAAGCUUCGAAAGAACACCUCGAAUACGCGCACAAUCUUUUGGGGAAAGAGGUUACUGUCCAUGUGGGAAGGUGGACAACCUUUCAAGUUGGAUGGUUUGGCGCUUUCCACAGAAGGUAGGUCUCAACUGGGUGGCGUUCUAAAGGAAGCGGAUCCUAUGGGGUCCAAAAUGAUUAUUGAUCCAGUUAAGAACCGUGCCCUAUUGUAUGGAGUCAGACAAGAUGCCAAGAGUUCUGAGGUCACCGUAUAUGAAUUCGACGAUUCCUUCCGACUCAUUGAACAGGAAGAGGGAAAGACUUCUCAGAAUUUUCCAGGUUUUGCAAUGAUUUCCGACAUGGCCGCGACCGAAAACUACUCCCUGUUUGUCCAACCACAAGUGUCGGCUGCCAUGCAAUUCUUGUUGGUCAAGGAGCCAGGCAAGGUCCUUACUGUGGAAAAGGCUCCAGCUACCCUUCAUCUGGUCCCAAGAAUUGGAAGUGGAAAGGAAGCCAAGAGCAUAUCGAUCCCUUUCGAUGGAGUUGUAGAAGCCGAAAUGCAACUGAUCAAUGCCUACGAAGAUGGCGACUCUAUUACUUUCGAUGCCAUUCGUAUGGAUGGAAGUCACAAAACAUCUAGCACCAAGGGAACACAAUGGCCAUUUGCCACAACUCGCGAAGAAUACGUCAACACUGCAGCCAAGAGAUCCUUGUGGAGAUAUACUGUCGACCUGAGAUCCAACUCUGUCUCGAAAGAAAUGUUGACCGAUACCCAGUGUUUCUUUGGUGUAGUAAAUCCAAAGCAAAGUACCCUGCCGCACGGUCCAAUUUACAUGGCCAUUGGAGCUAUGGGAAAUGAAGUAUCACCACCCCAAGGUGUUGCAAGAUUUGACCCAGUUACCAAGACUAUGGAUUCAUGGAUGCCAGAGGGAUUUGAAUUUUGCGGUGAACCAAUGUUUGCACCAAAGGAAAAUGCAGCAUCAGACGAUGACGGGUACAUCUUGACUGUCUUAUUUAACGGAAAGACGGAACAAAGCGAAAUGGUCAUCCUUCAGUCUACAGAUAUCUCGGCUGGUCCUGUUGGCCGCAUACCUCUUGGUGUUGGCAUCCCGCACGGAUUGUACGGUUGCUUUGCAGCGGAUGCCGAGGCAACAUGGGAUGGAGAGGAAAUCCUAAGAAGAGCUAAGUUGGCAGACAAGAUGGAGAGCCGUGGGAACAGGUGGAACGAAGUAAAGAGUGACUUCUCCGGUUUGGGUCUUCGUCUUGAUGAUAUGGAGGAAUAUUUUGGUGAUUCAUUCCUUUCAUAA